CGUGAUCCCGUGAUCACAACAGCCAUAAAGGCGAGGAUGAGCGCAUCGUGAUCUUUCCUUUCAGCUCCCUCGUCAGAUUUGGACUUCUGUUUGUCAUCUGCUUAUUCUUGUGUCCAGCCAAAUCAUCGCGACAAGGCAACCCCGCAACCGCAGCCCCAGGCCCCAGCCCCAGGCGCAACGCCAACAAACGUCAGCCUAUUCCCAUUCCCCAGCUCCGCCCAUUUCGCCCCCGGACUUGAGCUUUCAGGUCAUGACCAUGGCAUCUGGAACCCCUCCAACAGAUUCCGCCUCACGCGCUUUGGAUCAUCACCUGAAAGCCAGGGUUUGUCGAUAUUUCGGAGCAGGUUAUUGUCGAGCAGGCAAUGCAUGUCCUUUCCUGCAUGAUGACACACGACUUCCUGGAGCUCCAGUAGUUAAUACGAGACCAGCACAGAGGGAGGUGGCAGAGGCUUCGUCGUCAGCAAGUGCACCGAAUAUGCCGAGAGAGGACGGGAUGAUUCAAGAUCGGAGACAGGCUGUUACGAAACCAGCCCCUGCUUCACGCGUUGUACCAAAGCCAAUCCCUCAAGCGCAGGCCAAGGAUCCAAGGGAGUUCCAACUGGGCCAAAUCCGGAGACGGUUUUCUCCCAAAGAGACGAGGCAGGCGGACGGAGGAACCUUGCUCAAGAUCAGCCUUACCCCCUCGGAUCCUGACUUCCCGUUUGAGAUGACGGCCUUGGAAUGUUUGCUCUCUGUACCAGUAAAGUACCCAGGAGCUAGACCAACACUGAAGGUUGGCAACAAGGACAUCCCACGAGGCUUUGCUCUCAAUGUCGAGGCUGGCUUUGACGCCAUAGCCAACGACAAGCCCGAUACAAGUCUUUUGGAGCUGAUGAAAGCUCUUGACAAGAAUCUUGAGGCGUUCUUGUCAGCUCCAAAAGCAGAUACAGUUAAAUUAGUGCCGAAUAAAGACACAAGACAUCUUUCAGCUUUACCUUAUCGUUCAGUUGAGCCUUCAGUAGUAACCACUGAUGCCAAAGCUAUGGGAAGUGCUAAUGGCCAUGGUGCACCAACUUAUGUCAAGCCGGCAGAGAUUUUCACAGAGGAGCAGAAGGCCGAAGCAUCGAAGAAAAGAGAGUCCGAGACCAGACAGCUGGAGGCGAGAAUGGGACGACUUCCCCUUUACAAGAAGUCUGGCGAUGGGAUAGCUUAUAUCCUUCCACUGGAACUAAGGCGACGAGCAGAGUUACCUGUACAAUUACAAGCAGUUAAAACCGUUCAACUCUUUGUUCCGUUACUGUAUCCCCUUCAGCCCUGCAGAAUUGGAUUUGAAGGAGUUGAUCCGGCAGACUCGGAAGCAGUUGUUUAUGGAUUUGAGCAGAAGUCUACGGAGAAGAAAGACACUACCUUGAUGGGCCAUGUCAAUUUCCUGGCACAGAAUAUGCAUGUUCUGGCGAAGACUCCUCUUGAGCCAAAGGUUGUUCCUCAGCUGGCCCCCUCGCUUACGCCAGUUGCCCCUGAUUCCAUGGAUAAGGGAAAAUCGGUUGAGAGUCAACAAGAUCCGGACCGAAACCACAUUCAAUACAUCACUCGUCCUCCUGAAUGGACGGUCAUUGACGCCGACGACCCUUCUGGAACCGACACUGACGAUCUUUAUUCCUAUGACACAGAAGAGGAGACGUCGGAUUAUGAGGGUGGAAUUGGAGUCAAAGCCGCAACAGCUGGCGAGUCGGAACCCUCUCAAGAGCCGGCCCAGAAUCCAGAGCGAGGCACUGCAAUCUCGUUUCCUUUUAUUGAACUCUAUGGCCUUGAGCUUCUUGGGGUUGUAGUCCUGAACAUCACAGUCAAGUGCGAGAGGUGCAAGGACGUUACGGAGAUAAAGGGGCUUAAAAAUGGCAUCAUGAAGUCAGAGGGUUGCCGGAAAUGUGCCAGCCAACUGAGCAUCACCUUCCGAAGAGAUUUAGUUCACGCACACGCCGUUCGAGCAGGGUUCUUAGACCUCGAGGGCUGCAUUGUGGGAGAUAUGCUGCCUAGCACAUUCAUACCCACCUGCUCUCAAUGCUCAACCGCCUACCCGGCACCCGGCAUCGUCUCCGUGCAAGGCGAAUCAACAACCAACGUCUGCCGCGAAUGCCACCAAAAAUUCACCUUCAAACUCCCCUCCGUCAAAUUCCUGCGCAUCUCCACAUCCGGCCGCCUGCCACCCUCCUCCGGUCCACGCCGCAAGAAAGAAACCCUCGGUCUCCAAGCUGGAACCGAGCUCCCAAAACGCGGACGCUGCCGCCAUUACUCAAAGAGUUAUAGAUGGUUUCGAUUUAGCUGUUGUCAGAAGGUGUAUGCGUGUGAUAAAUGCCAUGAUGAGGAGGAAGAGCACCCGAAUGAGUGGGCGAAUCGCAUGAUUUGUGGAUGGUGUUCCAGAGAGCAGAAUUAUCGGCCCGAGGAUUGUGCGGUUUGUCAUGGGGUUAUGAGUGGGAAGAGGGGAGGGGGAGGGUUUUGGGAGGGUGGGAAGGGGACCAGGGACAGAGUGAAGAUGUCCAGAAAGGACAAGAGGAAGUUUAGGAGACCGUAGCACCUCAUCAAUUGGCCUUGGAGAGCUUUAGUACUUAAGAUGACUAGGUGGACUAAGCAAGAACUGCAAUGGCCACCAAUCCUCCUCUACAAUAGCUUCUGCGCCCCAAAAGUCGU